AUGACGGCGAUAACAGUGGACGACAAAUGCAUCUCGGUACCACUGUUGACACUGCCGGGCUGCGAGGACGAGCUCUCACUAGGGCUAGAUUUCAUCAGCAAGGCCUAUGGUACGCUCACCGCCGGCAGCCAUAAGCUGGAGAUGCGAGAUGUGCGUGAGCGACGACGGCGGAGAAGGCGUCAGGCGCGCCGCAGAGUACCAUGUGCGGCAUUGGUGACCACAGAGCCAAUUGCUCCAUCGGCGGCUACGCUGACAGAUGAGCAGGCUGCUCAGGCUGCCACGUUCCUUCAGGAGGAAUUACCACGCUUUGAGAACAUUGUGGGCGUGUCAAAGCGGCAUAAUGAAUCAAUUAACAAAAAUGUGAAGAACAAUUGUAACAUAUCGCAUGCUGACGGGAAAGCCAAAGAUUCCGUUUCUGAAGUAGCCUCUUAUACAUCGGCCUCCACAGCUAUGAUGUCAAGUGAUUCUAUAGACGAAGAAGGCGUACUUAAAGGAACUAUCAGUGAGGAUGGAGAUGUUAAAAACGAAAGUAACAGCCAUAUGAAACCAUUUUCUACGGAUAAUUACAUAACAAAACGAACUGAUAACGAUGGCAAGUCCCAGAAUCAUUAUCAACAUAUAAAAGCUAAUGAUAUUAAGCUAUCGGGCAGCUCGCUAAUGGAGUGUGAUCAAGGACCGUACAAUGAAAUUGAAGAUACUACUACUGAUAAAGGAAUGACAGAAGAAGAUCCCGUUGAAAUAAUAAGAAAUACGAAUAACAACCAAAUCGAACUACCGAAUCCAAGUACCGAACUGAAAAAUAACAUCAGAGAAAUCACUUCUUCUAUAGAUGAAAACAAGUUCGACAAUGAUUAUCAUUAUGAUGUUAAACUAUCGGGCACCUCGCUAAUAGAGUGUGAUCAAGGGUCAUACCAUGAAAUUGAAGAAACAAAAAUUGCAGACGGGACUAUAACGCAAAGCAAAGAAGUUCAUCAACCAAAAGGUAUUGAAAUGGAAAGUGUCAACAUUACAUCCGAUUAUAUCAAUCGUAAGUCAAAUAUUUGUUAA